CUUCAACUUGCCGUGCACUACGUUAGUUGAUUCAGGCAGUCACACUCUGGCCAAACGCUGUGCGCUUUUCCCCCCCACUCAGUGUUUGCGAAGUAAAAAAGGAGAAAAAUACUACGCGCAUUCAGCUCGGGAGGAUAUUUGUUUCCAGCGCCGUGCUUUGACUGGAUCUGAAAGUGCGGUGGAGCCCGGUGCAGAGCCGAGCCUGGAGAGGGACCUUCCCCACGGACUAUAUGAAGGGAGGGGUGGGGGAGGGGGGGCCACUGACAAGACGACAAGCCUGCAGAACAAACAGACCACCUCUAUGAUUGAUGAGGACAUAGGAGUGGAUUUGCUAAACACUAAACAAAGAAACCUACUGCAUCCUCUGGGAGAAGAACUUUAAUGGCUUCCAGGUAGAGAGAAAGAGACAGCAAUCAAGAUGAACUCGAUUCCUUCGAUGGACAGGCACAUACAGCAGACCAAUGACAGACUGGUGUGCAUCAAACAGCACUUACAGAACCCGGCCAAUUUCCAGACAGCGGCCACGGAGCUGCUGGACUGGUGUGGUGACCCGCGAGCCUUCCAGAGGCCCUUUGAGCAGAGUCUGAUGGGAUGUCUGACGGUGGUGAGUCGUGUUGCGGCACAGCAGGGUUUUGACCUGGACCUGGGCUACCGGCUCCUGGCUGUGUGUGCAGCCAACCGUGACAAGUUCACCCCAAAGUCAGCAGAAACCAACACCUGCAGGAGAUGUCAAAGUGACUCAGCCUUGCUGUCAUCCUGGUGUGAGGAGCUGGGUCGGCUGCUCCUGCUGCGGCACCAGAAGAAUCGUCAGAGUGAGCCCCAGGGCAAAGUGCCCAUGCAACCGCCCAUGAACUCCAUGAAGCCCUCGCUCUCCCACAGUGAUGGGUCCUUUCCGUACGACUCUGUUCCGUGGCAGCAGAACACCAACCAGGCUCCAGGCUCGUUGUCGGUGGUCACAACCGUGUGGGGUGUUACUAAUACGUCACAAAGUCAGGUAUUGGGUAACCCCAUGGCCAACACCAACAACCCUAUGAACCCUGGAGGCAAUGGAAUAGGGUCCGGCAUGUCGGCUAGCAACCCAGGGAUCAACUCCCCUCAGUUCCCUGGCCAACAGCAACAGUUCCCAGGCAAAGGGGGCUCCAACCAGGCCUACAUGCAACAGGGCAUGUACGGACGAGCGGGGCACCCUGGAGCCGGAGGCUUCAGUGGGAGCUACCCAGGUGGUCCGAAUGCUCCGGGUGGCAUAGGCAUGCCCCCUCACACCCGGCCACCGUCGGACUUUACCCAGCCUGCCGCUGCUGCCGCUGCAGCUGCUGUCGCCGCAGCCGCUGCCACAGCAACAGCUACAGCCACAGCCACAGUAGCUGCUCUGCAGGAGACCAACAAGGACAUGAACCAGUAUGGCCAGAUGUGCUCCUCGUUUCAGAUGGGACCCACGCAGGGCUAUAGCAACCAGUUCAUGAACCAACCUGGACCCCGGGGCCCCCCAGCCAUGGGAGGAGGCAUGAACCCCGCUGCCAUGGGGGCCAGCAUGAACAGCUCCAACCUGAGUGGGCCACCAAUAAGUAUGAACCAGCCCCGGGCCCCAGGGAUGGGACCUUUUGGGGGCCAUGGCCAGAGGAUGCCCCAGCAAGGCUAUCCUGGCCCAAGGCCACAAUCCAUGCCCAUGCAGAGCACCAAGAGGCCCUAUCCUGGAGAGCCCAACUACGGGGGCCAGCAGUUUGGACCUAAUGGCCAGUUUCCUAACCAGCAAGGGCAGUACCCCAACCCUAAUGCCUCCAGAGCACUGCCCUCACCCAACUACCCUGGUCAAAGAAUGCCAGGCCAGCAGGGCUCUGGUCAGUACCCCCCUUCGGGAGUGGCAAUGAGUCAAUACUAUAAGCAGGAGCCAUUCAAUGGUCAGAAUAACAACUUCUCAGGAGGUGGUUAUGCCUAUAACCAAGGCAAUGGGCCUCCUCGGCAGGUUGUGAACUAUCCUCACUCACCAGUUCCUGGGAACCCCACGCCACCCAUGACUCCUGGAAGCAGCAUCCCUCCAUACCUAUCGCCCAACCAGGACGUCAAGCCUCCAUUUCCCCCUGACAUGAAACCAAACAUGACGUCCCUGCCUCCACCACCGACUAACCCCAACGAGGAGCUACGGCUGACCUUCCCUGUACGGGAUGGGGUGGUGCUGGAGCCCUUCAGAUUAGAGCACAACCUGGCCGUCAGCAACCACGUCUUCCAUCUGCGGCCCUCCGUCCACCAGACCCUCAUGUGGAGGUCUGACCUGGAGCUCCAGUUUAAGUGCUACCACCACGAGGACCGGCAGAUGAACACAAACUGGCCAGCAUCGGUGCAGGUCAGCGUCAACGCCACCCCGCUCACCAUUGAGAGGGGCGACAACAAGACCUCUCACAAACCUUUGCACCUGAAGCACGUGUGUCAGCCUGGGAGAAACACCAUCCAGAUCACAGUCACAGCUUGCUGCUGUUCGCACUUGUUCGUGCUGCAGCUGGUGCACAGGCCGUCAGUGAGAUCCGUCCUGCAGGGCCUGCUGAAGAAGAGGCUCCUGCCUGCAGAACACUGCAUUACCAAAAUAAAGAGAAAUUUCAGCAGUGUAGCAGCGUCCUCUGGGAACGCCACACUGAACGGAGAGGACGGGGUGGAGCAGACGGCCAUCAAAGUGUCCCUCAAGUGUCCCAUCACGUUCAGGCGGAUCCAGCUCCCCGCACGGGGACAUGACUGUAAACACGUUCAGUGUUUCGACCUGGAGUCCUAUCUGCAGCUGAACUGUGAGAGAGGAACGUGGAGGUGUCCCGUAUGCAAUAAAACUGCAUUAUUGGAGGGUCUGGAAGUGGACCAGUACAUGUGGGGAAUUCUCAAUGCCAUCCAAAACUCGGAGUUCGAAGAGGUCACCAUUGACCCCACGUGUAGUUGGCGGCCAGUGCCCAUAAAGUCUGACCUGCACAUAAAGGAAGAUCCAGACGGCCCUCUGGCCAAGCGCUUUAAGACCAUGAGUCCCAGCCAGAUGAUCAUGCCUAAUGUGAUGGAUAUGAUCGCACAACUGGGGCCAGGACCCUCACCUUACACCUCCCUCCCGCCGCAGCACGGAGGGAACAACACGGAGUACGGGGGCCAAGGUAGAGGCAAUAGUUACCAAGGCCAUGGAAACUUUGACUUUCCCCACGGUAACUCUGGUGGAGGAGCUCCCAUGAAUGAUUUCAUGCAUGGGCCGCAGCUCUCCCAUCCUCCAGAUGUGCCCAACAACCUCAUGGGCCCAGACAAACCCCUUGGCCACGGCAUGCCGGACUCGAUGCCCCAUCCUGUGAGCGCUGAGCAGUCCCAUGCUUCCAUGCAGCCAGGCAUGCACGCAUCCCCCCACCCCAACAGCCAAGCAGCGCAGCCAUUGCAUCACAGCGGCCCUCCAUCCUCCCAGCCCCCACGCCAAGCCCCGCCCCCACAGCAACAGCCUGGCCCCAACAGCCAUCCGCACCCUGACAUGACCUUUAACCCGGCCGCGGAGGGCCAGGUGGGCGGCCAGGGACCGACAGACAUGCCUGAACCCUCUCUGGAUCUGCUGCCAGAACUGGCGAACCCAGAUGAGUUACUGUCAUACCUAGACCCUCCAGACCUCCCAAGCAACAGCAAUGACGAUCUGCUCUCCCUCUUUGAAAACAACUGACUUCCCUAAUCCUCCUUUACCUGAGGCACUGACGUGUUUGGCUGUCAGGAGUCGAGAAGCACCCUGAGCGCCAAUCCAGGACUUUACAAGCGCAAAACACUCUUCCUCCCUCUGCCUCUUACUCGUGUAAAUAUCUCACUCUUUUAUGGACGUCCUUUUCCACACAUGUAAGGCAGCCAUGUUGGUUGGCACUAAAGUGAUAUCUUUCAAUACUAAUAUGAAAAAAAACAACAAAAACUGUGCAGCUAUAAUCAGUUCAUAUGAAUAUAUAUGUCACACAGAACUGUAUGUGUGCUCACUAGGAAAGUGUUGUAGCAUUUUUUUUAAUUCAGAUUUUUUUUUCCUUUUGUGAAAAGCAAGACCUGAAUGAAAA